CCUGUUCCCUGUGCACAAUGCCUCUCGCCGAGGUCGUCACCGCCUCCACCGUCCUCCUCCCCCUCCUCCUUGUCCUCUCUGCAUCUCCGUUGUGUCAUGGCGCCUCAGGCCACAACAUCACGGCUAUCCUCGCGGCCCACCCUAACUUCACCGAGUUCAGCGGCGCCCUGAGCCGCACCGGCGUCGCGGCUGAGAUCGACCGCCGCACCACCAUUACCGUCCUCGCCGUCGACAACGUCGUGAUGGCGCAGCUCCAGGCGCGACGCCUCAAGCCGGACGACUUCCUGCUCGUUAUCUCCCUCCAAAUCCUCUUGGACUACUUCGAUGCCGCCAAGCUCGGGAGCCUCCAAGGCGGUUUCGCGCAGGUCACUAGCCUAUACCAGGCCUCCGGCAAGGCGCCGGGAAGCGACGGCAUCCUGAACAUCACCACACACCCCGGCGGGCGCGUGACGUUCGCGCAGUCAGGCCCCUCGGACGCGCCGCCGCCCGCGUUCUACCAGAAGUACAUCCAGGAAACGCCCUACGACAUCGCCGUCCUACAGGUGAGCGCCCUGAUCUCGUCCCGAGCGGCGGAGGCGCAGGCGCCCGCGCCGCCGCCAGACGCGGCGCUGAGAUUGACGGAUCUCCUGUCCAAGAACGGGUGUGGGGGCUUCGCCUGUCUCCUCGCCGCGACGGCCGACGCGGCCGCGACGUACGACCGCAGCAUCGGCGCCGGCCACGGGCUCACCGUCUUCUGCCCGGAGGACAAGGCAGUAUCGGCCUUCAACCCCACGUUUAAGAACCUCACCGCCGACGGACAGCUUGCACUCCUGCUUUACCACGGCGUGGCGGUUCACUACUCCGAGCAGUCGCUCAAGGAGAUCAAUGGGGACGUGAACACGCUUUCCACGGAAGGGGGCAAGAACUACAGCCUCACUAUCCGUGCCGACGGGGAGACGGUGAAACUGUCGUCGACGGCCCCGAGCACUGCCAGGGUGAUCAAGACGGUGUUGGACAAGGCUCCACUCGCCGUCUACCUCAUCGACGCCCUAUUGUUGCCCAGAGAGCUCAUCAACAAUGGACAAGGCCGCACGGCGCCGUCACCCGCGCCGGUCGCGGCUCCUGCACAUGCACCUACGCUUAACCCUGUUCCUGUCUUGGCGCCGCCGGCACCUGCAGCUACGCUUCCCCCUGUUCCUGUCUUGGCGCCGCCGGCACCUUCACCUGUACCUACGCCCAGUCGUCGCCCAGUGCCACCGCCAGAGCACGCUCCCGCGCCUUCACCGGAUGAGGACAACGCGCCGCCUGCAGAUGAGAAGAACAAUGGCGCAAGCGGCAUGGCGUCAUGGACUAUCGGCGCAGCGGUGGCCGCCGCGGCGCCGACGAUCGUGUUGCUGCUGUAG